AUGAGCCAGGCCAAAACUGAGUGAGUUUUUGAUGUGAUUGGCGAAAAGUGGUGGAGAACCUGGAAAGAAUGGGAAAAUCGCGCGAAUCUUCGCGUUUUUCAACCCAAAGUUGACAAGAAUCCAAUCUUUUCGAUCUGUGCUACUUGGUGAUAUCGUAGAUCUUCAGAACUGUGAGAACUGUAGAAAUAAGACAGUAUUUGUGAAUAUUUGAACUUUUAAGACUCGAGAUUGCUUUUCUUUUUUCCGAAGGCCGGAAUCUUCAAACCCAAUGAGAUCUUGUCCCGCCACACAAAAUGUCAAUGAAAACAAAUCACGUCUGGGGUCCCCCUCCGAUGUGUGUUUUGUUAUCGGACACUUUCGAGUAAUGGCCGAUAAAAUGAGCAUAAAUUUUUGGUGGAGCUCAUGGAGCUUUCUCAUUGGAAAUUCACAUAAAAUUUCAUUUUACUCGGUGCACUUGGGAAAAAAGCUGAAAUUUCCGGAAUUUUCGACUCCAGGCUCUUCUUCAAUAUCGUAAAAGUCUGAAAAACGCAACAUAGAUCUCUAGUAUUUGAAUUUUUGUGAUAGCUUGAACAUUUUCCACGAAUUUCGUUCAAUGCUCCCAGCAAUCUUGUGACUUUUGCCGAAAUUGAGGCUACUAUGAUGGGUGGAUGUCCGAAAAGUUCAAAUUUAAAAUUGGCUCUCUCUCUCUCUCGUCAGGCCACAAGUUCACCGCUUAUCAUCACUUUCUCGACUCGGCUCCAUCACAUACACACACACAUUGACAUUUUGUUCUUCUCCUUCUUCUACUCGAAGAAAAAGAAGAGCCGAAGAGAAAGCGAGUCGGCUUCUUCUUCUUCUUCUUCUGUCUCAGUUUGUGCGUGCCCCCAUUGGACAGCUGACCCCCUACUCGCAAUUUUCGAAGAGAGAGAGAGAGAAGAGCCCAUCAUCACAGGCGGCACACUGAGAAAAAGAGAGACAGAAGUAGAUGGAACUUGAGAACUUGUGAUCAAAAACACAAUAAUACGGGAAAAACGCGAAGAACUGGUUGAAAUUUGACGUGGAACGGGUAGAAACGGCUGGAAAUCUGAAAAUUGUUUGAUUUUUGGAGCAUUUGUUCGCAAAACUGAUGAGGAACUUUGAGUUUUGCCUGAAAUGCUCUGUACAGAUUCGCGUUGUUGUAAUAUCCUCGACGAUCCCCAUAAUUUGAUCCAAAGUUGAAACAGAAAUUCCUAUGGAAUUCGGUCGUUCCUUGCCAAACAGUGUUCAUCCUCGAUUUCUGAGAAACUUUACGAAAAGUAAUCGGUCACUGUCAACAUUUCAAUCUUUUGAACAAAUUUCUCGGGACGCGGCAAAAAAUUCGCAUUUUGAUAGAGAGCGAAGGAGAUAUUUACACUUAUUUUCGGUCAGAGCACACAAAUACUGAUUGCCAACAAAAAAGAGGCGACGAGGAAUAGGGCGAAGCGAGGAGACGACGGAAUACAGUCCCAUUCGGAGACGCAGACAUCGAACACGCCAUCUCGUUUCUCUGCGCACUCUCUCUUUGGGCCUACUGUCUCUCUGUCUCUCUCGCCCUCUCAAGUGCGCAUAACGAAAAAGAAAGGACGCUCCCUCUUUCUCUCCCUCUCGCUCGAUUCCAUUCAAAGUCAGCUGCACGUUUCGACGCCGCUCGCUCCUAUUCCGACAGUAUUUCCAUUGAAUUUGGGCUGAAAAUGGAGCCGCCGGCCUCGCAACCACCACCGCCAAUGUUCCCGCGCUCGCGUCUUUAUCAUAGGUACCGAUUCGAAUCGUCUUGCACCUUUUUUCUAGAAAAUAUUAGGAAUGGUUGAAAUUUUCAGGUUGGCAAAUUUGGAAAAAUUAUUUGAUCUCCAUAGGGAAACACAUUGCGAGAGAAAUACCAUUUGUGCGGUAGAAGAGAGAGGCGCAGACGGUAGACAGUUAAAGGCGCAUACCAUGACAUUCAUUAUGAUGCGCCUUCAACUUUCUCGCCUGCGCCUCUCUCUUCUAUCGCGCAAAUGGUAUUUCCCUCGGCAACAGAUUCUCUCUCUGCCUGGCCUGUUUUCAAGAGUUGCUUUGUAAAAAAAAAAGCAUAAUUCUUAUUAAAUUCCAUAAAAAAUAAUGCACAUUUGCAGUUACUACUCGGAAGAGAAGACCUUUUCGGCUCCGUCGGCGAACACGCAGCAGGGAAGUCAACUUCCCUCAAAAGUCUACAAUAAAGGACUGAAAGUAAGUGGCGGCAUUUCCAGCGAAGAACUCUGAAAAUGAUUCAGGAUUUGGAGGACAAUGACAUCGAAGGACUCCUCUCGAAAUUGUCGAUCGACGAGCUCGAGGACCUCAACAAUGAUUUCGAUCCCGACGUGAGUUCUGUUCUGGAUCCACAAAAAGAAAACGAUUAAGAUUGAAAACGAGUUGUUUGAGUUUGUUUGGUUUAGUCAUUCGAGCACAAAAAUGACGAAAAAGGUACUUGACUGGAAUGCGCGCAUUUGGGUGUGUUUAUUUGCAAUGACAACUGAAGCAGGAAUCUAGAAUCUUGUGUGACGUGGCGUCGAGAAUCGUUUUGAAAAUUUUAAAAGUUGGAAAAGGGAAAACGCGUCUCUCUCCCUCUCCCCUCGAUCCACCCAAAAACCAAUCGAUAAUGAGUGAUAUGAUGGCGUCUGCUCGUUCUUUUUCGCCCAAUCACAUGAGGCUGUGUCCACACACUCGUCGAUUCUCGGGAAUCCGUCUCGCCGUCUCUCUGAUCUUUCGGCUCUCUCACUCGCCAAGCAGCUCUUUCGGCCCGAAAAGACGGAGGAUGUACCGCCCGAGAUCCGCAUUUCUCCCUCUCCCUCUCGCUCUUCCGCUCUCCUCAUCCGAUUCGAUGUCUCUCCGUCGCGGCAGACACUCUUCAAUCAAACUUUCUCUGAGUUCUCCUACCCGACGGCCGUCCAACCCAAAAGCAUGGAAAAGUGAAGUUGGAGGGGACGGAAACGGAACAUCGAAUUGGGUCCACUUUGCUGGAAGAAAAUUACGAGUGAAACGGUUUUAAGUCAAAUUCAAUGGCCUAAAUUUUGAGAUUUUAUCGCAGUUUUCGGAAUUUCGACCCAUUUUCGUCUAGAUGCGAAUUCGCAUGAAAUUGCUGAAAUCUUUGUGUUCCGCACUUCAAAUUUGAUGUUCUCGACGGUUUUCCGGCUAGAACUCGUCUGUAGGUUCAGGGAAUGUUCUUUCAGAAGAAAAUAGGUCUUCUACACGCUUAUUGUAAAACUCAUUGAAAUCUAUGGUUCUUCUCAGCUCAAACACUUGAAAAUUGAACUUUUUUAGGCGGUCGUUGACAGUGCGAAAUUGGGUAUUCGUUUUUUGCCCAAAAAUACAAUUGUGAGCUUAUCUUUUUCUCAAGUACAAAAAAGUGUAAAGUGGUGACACACUGUGAAAGUGCACCUUGUGACUCUUUCGGGUGCUCCUCUCCCCCCGAUCGUUCUCUGAUCCUUCCGCGGAUCUCUCGACUAUCGUAUAAUUUCAUGGAACAAGCCAUUUUUUAUGCGAAUUUUAUCGGCGGCAAUCAAACAAAACCACCACAGAGCUGCAGCAGAAAGAUUUGGGGAAAAAGUGGAAAUUUAUGUGUAUUUCCGUCGAAUUUCCUUGUCUCUCCUACACUUGUACACAUACACACACACACACACACACACACCCAUUUUAUUUGCGAAAACCUUGAGAGACCACCUUCGACGCAAUCGGGACAAACUAUGUUUAACCGAACAGAAACGAGGAGGAGGCAGUGUUUGGAAAUGACAGUUUACCCUUUCCGAAUAGUUUCUAAAUGUGGGGGGCAACUGCCGAAAUGGCAGAUAUCACGCACGAGCGAUCUGCGGACAUUUCAGAUUUUUGACGAAACGGAAUGCGGGAGAAUGUAUGUUUUUCAAUCGGAAAUUUGUUGAAUGUAGAAAUAAAUUUAUUAAAGGAUCAUUGAAUCAGAAGAAGCUGGAAAACUAAUGAAGAUUUGUUGAAACCGUCUGUAAAUUGAUGCCAAAAUACAUUUGAGAAAAUUUUUAAACACGAAAAAGCGAUGAAUCAUUCCAGAACUCGAUGCUGCCGCCGUCGCAACGUUGUCGUGAUCAGACGGACAAAGAGCCGACGGGACCGUACAAACGAGACAAUUUGCUGAAAUUUCUGGAGGAAAAGGCGAAAACCGAAAAGGAUUGGGAGGAUGUGUGCCCGUACACGCCCGGCCUCAAACGAGGUACCCAGACAAUCAAGGAGCACACAUUUUCAACGUUCUUCUCCUGAAAAUAGCAUUUUUGAGCACGAAAUUCUCUUAAAACUCUCGGUUUGUAAUAAGAAAUGGGAUACAAGUUUUUUUGCAGGAAAAGUGUACGACAGUGACAGUGGGCGUAACUCGGAAGAGCCCGAAUCGGGCAAAAUGGAAAUGCCGAUCGAAAUCGAUUUGGACGAGGACGAAGAGGAGCUCGAGUGUGCGCUUGUCAGUGCGCCCGAAAAGGAUCUCGUCGAUUUGGCCGGCAUUUUGGGUACGAACAAACUUCAACGAUUUUUUAGGGUUCACUAAAAAAUUCUGAAAAAAUUUACUUUCCAACCCAGUUCGAAUUGAUUCAUUUAAGAAUUGGCAACAUAUUUACUUGCAGGAAUGCACAAUGUGCUCAACCAACCGCAGUACUACAACGCUCUGAAGGGCAAAUCGCAGGACGAGACGACCGGGACCACUUUCAACGGAAUCGUGCAGUCUUUUGUGCCGCGCAUCGUGCCCGAUGAGCCCGACAACGAUACGGACGUCGAGCAGUGCAUCAAGUACGGUUUUUCAGCGCGUUUUUUUUUUGUUGUUGUUGCUGAACUUAUCAUUUUUCAGUCGAUUACGAGAGGACGAUACAGAUUUGAAGGAGGUGAACAUCAACAAUAUGAAACGAUUAUCCAAGGUAAUUGUUUUUGAACGUGUUGUGUUCGUAGGGACGUCUGUUGAAAGAAGCUCGGACUUCUAGUUUGAGAGGUUAUUAAGAACUGACGAGAAUCGGCAGAACGAACUCUCGGUGUUGGAUGCACUUUUUCCCAUUUACAGGAACGAAUCCGAACACUGAUCGAGGCGGCGUGCAACAGUAAGCACAUUGAGAAAUUCUCGUUGGCAAACACGGCCAUUUCGGAUUCCGAAGCCAGAGUGAGCAAUUUGUGGGGAACAUUUUUAAAAUCUGUAGAUGUUUUAAUGUGAUUUCAACGCUGUUGACAGGGGGCGAGAGAGAACAAAGACGCAGGCGCGCAACAGUUUCGCGUCUGCGUCUCUGUUCUCUCUCGCCCUUGUUUUUCUCCGGUUGAACCGCGAACUCGCCCAGCCCUGUGUGACUGAAUAUUUUAAUUUCCACAGGGCCUAAUCGAACUGAUCGAAACGUCGCCGUCUCUGCGCGUGCUCAACGUUGAGUCCAACUUCCUGACGCCGGAACUUCUGGCCCGACUGCUCCGAUCCACACUUGUCACUCAGUCGAUCGUCGAGUUCAAGGCCGACAAUCAGGUUCUUUUUACUUUUUUUACGUUCUUUAAUUUCCUGUCCUAAAAAUACGCGAAAUUUGCGCGUUCUCUCUCUCAAUUUCUACAAUAUUUACUCUCAUUUUCUAUUGUCCAAUUGAAAGUGAAUACUGUAGAGUUUCUGAGCCAAAUGGCAAAUAAAUUGGCCUCUUUUUUUUUUGUUUAUUUUCCCCUCUAUUUACCCCUCGAGAUGUGAUUUUUACACGUUCGUCGAGAAAACAAACGAGGGGGAUACUAGGAUAUUUGAAAAUGUGUACGCCACAGCGGAAUUCAUGAAAUCUUCCAAUUUUUCAGCGUCAAUCAGUGCUCGGAAACCAGAUCGAGAUGGACAUGAUGAUGGCGAUCGAGGAGAACGAAUCGCUGCUCCGAGUCGGAAUUUCGUUCGCCUCGAUGGAGGCACGGCAUCGCGUUUCGGAGGCGUUGGAGCGGAAUUACGAACGAGGUCAGCUGGAGAUUUUUGAAAAGAAAUAGUAUCUUUGUGCUUUUUCCGCAGAACAAAUUCAAGAAAAUUCCCAUUUGGUCAAAAGUCACCGUUUUGUUUUGAUUUCGUUUGCCUCUCCCUCUUUUCUCCGUUUGUUUUUUGUUUGUCCAUUCAUCAUCAGCUGUUUUUAUCACCCCUUUCCCUCGCUUUUUCUCGGAUGGGGGCGGAAAAACGGAGAAAAGAGCAGUUGUCAUUUGACCCCGAAAAGAAAUAGAGUGAAAAUGAGAGAUAACGGAGAAUCCAUCGAUAUUUUAGAGGAAAUGGACCGAAAAACUGAACGUUUUGAGAGCAAUUUGUUUUUCUGAAAGUACGUCAAAUCCUUUGCAUACUUUAAUAUUUCAGUGCGUCUCCGCCGCUUGGGCAAGGAUCCGAACGCCUAA